UACAAGUGUACACAGAUGGAUCGAAGGACCCCGCCACUGGUAAAACAGCACAUUUCAAUGGCAAGUGAUCGGCUGUCAGAACGCUACAGGGCGGCUAUGGUGCUCAGUGGUGUUGGUGAUGCAUUAGGAUACAAGAACGGUUCAUGGGAGUUUUGUGGUUCAGGAAAAACAAUCCAUGACGAAUUAAGACAGCUUGGUGGCCUCCAAAAGCUCAAGGUUUGUUUGCCAGACUGGAGGAUCAGUGAUGACACAGUGAUGCAUCUCGCUACAGGAGACGCCUUGGUUACAUCUAGUGGUGAAGAAAACAUGGAGACUCUGUUUGCUGCUAUUGCCCAAAACUAUAUAGCGUGCCUGAAGGAUAUGGGUGGACGAGCACCAGGUGCUACAUGUAUGUCUGGUGCUCGAAUGCUUCAGCCAUUAGCAGAGAAAGGUUAUCAGAUCCCUUAUAAUAAAAGCGGUGGUGGAUGUGGUGCUGCCAUGAGGUCCAUGUGUAUUGGUCUGCGCUAUGCCAGGCCUGAAGAUGUGGAUGAUUUGAUUGCUGUGUCUGUGGAGAGUGGACGGAUGACUCACCAUCACCCAACAGGAUACCUGGGAUCUCUGGCGUCUGCUCUUUUCACAGCGUACGCCAUACAAGGAAAGCCACCCAGAGAGUGGGGGUAUGGUUUGAUGUCCAUAUUACCUAAAGCACUGAAGUAUGUGAAAAGUACUGGUCAUUGUGUCAGGGAAAAUGAAUGUGACUGGUCUUAUUUCACAACACAAUGGGAGAAGUACCUUGCUAAACGAGAAAUAACAUCAGGUAAAACUGAACCAAAGUUUCCAAAGAAUUAUGAUGUCGAUGCUCGUGAUGAGUUCUACAGAUCUGUCAGUUAUGGAGGAUGGGGCGGAGCUAAUGGCCACGAUGCACCAAUGAUAGCGUAUGACACCAUCUUGUCAGCUGGAAAAGAUUGGGAUGAGUUGUGUAGCAGGGCCAUGUUUCAUUGUGGAGACAGUGACAGUACUGGUGUGAUAGCAGCCUGUUGUUAUGGAGCUAUGUAUGGUUUCCAUGGUGUCCAUAAAUGCAAUUAUGAGAAAGUUGAAUACAGAGACAGGCUUCAGUGUGUUGCUGAUGGACUUCUGGACUUGGCUUAUCCAAAUGAGAGGACAAAGAAUUUAGUUCAGUUGACCACAAAUUAACUCCAGUUUAACAGAAAGAAAGAUCCAGUUCAACAGAAAGAAACUGAAUUUGAACUCAAAGAAAGUUUAGUUGAACACAAAGAAACUGCAGCUCAACAGAAAGAAACUUCAGUUGAACAGAAAGAAAUUCCAGUUGAACAGAGGGUCUGGUUUUGAGGGGAUUCUGGUUUACAGAGGGUCCGGUUUUGAGAGGUUUCACUGUAUACAUAUAUGCCAGCGCUCGGGGCAAGGCAAGUAUUGCACCCCCUAACCAUUGGACCGUUAGAACUCCCCGAGUCCUUCCCACCAGUCCAGAAUUUUGCACCCAGGGCAACCGCCCCGGUGGCCCUGCCCACGCUACACCACUGUAUAUAUGAUAAUAAUAAUAGAAGAAUACACAUUGUACAUUUUUACUGUUUGUAGAAUAAGGGAAUAAAAAUACUACAUAUACUAGUACGUCUAGCUUUAACAUAUUGACAUUUAUAUUAGAAUGAUCCAUGUGUUUUCAUAUUUAGCGUACAAUUUAUAUUAUGUUUAGUUGAAUAUUUAUUCUGUUUUAAAAGUAAAUGCCAGACAUAAUUGUACAACCUUUUUUUGUGUAAAUGGUGUUUUUAUUAUUAUUAUUUUAUUUUUUUACAAUUCAUAAUUUUAAUGCGUGUUUGAAAAUGUACAAUUUAUUGCAUAAUGUAUACACCAUUUAUUGUUAUUCAUUUACAUUUCAUGAAUAAAGACCUGGUGAUUCAUAAAAA